AUGAGGCGAGGCAUUGCCUAUUCUCCCAUCAUCACCCACACCCCGCAAUUCGAGGAGAUCAAUCAAGCUGUCAAAACGGAUGAUUUCGACUCGCUGGCAGCAGUCCUCAGUGAGUCUAUCAACCGGACGGCUCAAGCUGGUGCGGACUUUGCCAUCAUGCCCUCGAACACACCGCAUAUCGUGUUCAAUGAAACCGCAGAGAAGUCAACGAUUCCCGUCCUCAGUAUUCUGGAGGUCACAGCCAGUCACUGCGAGACGCAUGGCUACAAACGUGUUGGUAUACUCGGGACAAAACCUACUAUCCGAAGAGCUCUCUAUGAUGCCCCAUUAGCAAAACGGGGUAUAAUCUCGGUCUAUACGUCUGAGUCGGAACGGGACCUGGUUCACGAUAUCAUUCAGACUGAGUUGAUCCGUGGAAUCUACUCCAAGCAAACAUGCGACACACUGGUGAGCAUCGCAAGUCGACUGGUCCCGAAAUGUGAUGCCAUCAUUCUAGGAUGCACGGAGUUACCGCUUAUCCUCAACGAGGAGAACUGUGGGAUUAAAGUCGUGGAUACCACGAGGAUCCUGGCCCAUGCAGCAUUGGAUUUUGCAAUCGAGAAAUAG